GAGGUUUUUGCUAAUUUUUGGCUCUUCCUUCUCCUUCAUCUUGUUCCUUCAAAAACCUUUGCAAACACAGCGUGAUGAUUGCUGCGUCAAUGGCGGUACUUCAGCUGGCAUGCCCCGUACCACUCGCACGUGCGGUGCGUACUCGUUCCAUAUCAGUGAAUACCGUUGUGUCAGCUUACAGUCCCAGGCACAGCAGCAACCUCUCUACUCUUACCACGCCCUCUCCAUCACGUGCUUCUCACGCAGCCGACUCUCGUGUCCUCCUCGGCCUGUCCGAGGCUGACCUUCAACAGCUCGCCCUCGACUUUGGUCAGCAAAAAUAUAGAGGGAAGCAAUUGCAUCAUCUUAUUUACCAAAGAAAGGUCAAAGAUAUUCAGGAUUUUAGUCACUUGCCUCAGGCAUUCAGGAAUGAGCUUCAGAAUGCUGGAUGGAGGGUUGGGCGAUCUCCUGUUUACCAGUCUGUCACUGCAGCCGAUGGGACUGUUAAGUUACUGAUAAAGUUGGAAGAUAACAGAUUGAUUGAGACUGUUGGCAUACCAGUUCCAGAUGACAAAGGUUCAAUGCGUCUUACUGCAUGUGUCUCGUCACAGGUUGGCUGUCCUUUGCGAUGCUCAUUUUGUGCGACAGGGAAAGGGGGAUUUUCAAGAAACCUUUGCCCGCAUGAAAUUGUGGAACAGGUCUUAGCAAUUGAGGAGGUCUUCAAGCAUAGAGUGACAAAUGUAGUGUUCAUGGGAAUGGGUGAGCCAAUGUUGAACCUGAAAUCAGUACUGGAAGCACAUCGGUGCCUGAAUAAGGAUGUGCAAAUUGGGCAAAGAAUGAUAACAAUCUCCACUGUGGGAGUUCCAAACACAAUUAAAAAGCUGGCUACUCACAAACUUCAGUCAACAUUGGCUGUAAGUCUCCAUGCUCCUAACCAGAAACUUAGGGAAACAAUUGUGCCAAGUGCGAAAUCCUACCCUCUUGAAGCAAUUAUGAAGGAUUGCAGGGAUUAUUUUCGUGAAACCAGUCGACGGGUUUCCUUUGAGUAUGCACUUUUAGCUGGAGUCAAUGAUGCCGUAGAGCUUGCAAAAGAACUUGCAGAACUACUCCACGAAUGGGGUGGUGGUUAUCAUGUGAAUCUUAUACCUUUUAAUCCAAUAGAAGGCUCUGAGUAUCAGCGUCCAUACAAGAAAGCGGUAAUGGCUUUUGCAGCUGCUUUAGAGUCCCGUAAAAUAACUGUUAGUGUUCGCCAAACAAGAGGGCUGGAUGCAAAUGCAGCUUGUGGUCAGCUGAGAAACAAGUUCCAGAAGAGUCCUUUGCUUUCUGAAUCUGAAAAUGUUCCAUCUCAAUCAGAUAUUGCAGUUGCAUGUUGAUGCACAAUGUUUCUUGGUUGCAUGCUUCUCUAAAUACUCUGCUGGAUCCUGCAGUUCAACAAAAGUGGUGCGGAGAGACAGAACCAGUUGGAUUGAUCUGCAAGCCUAUCUGUGAAGGGUGCUAAUGAAAUGCCAGUCACCCUGGCGCUGUCAUCAUUGUUUGGCAAUGAUACAUAAGGUUUUGAGGGGAGAAGUGAAGAGGAAGUGCAAAAGUACAGUACAGGAAACGACUCCUGUGCUCAUGGGGUUUACUUCACGCUUGGUCGAAUAUGUUAUCAUCAUCUUUAAGAGUAAAGAAUUUGAUUCUCUUAAACUGGAGCAUCCAUGUCUAGUAAUAAAUUAAUAAUACUUUGAUGUAUUUUAUUUAAAUUUCAGUUGUUUGCAGAACCUUGUGAUGGUUAAAGAACCGAUUCUAUGUGUUGUAAUAUAAACGGACACAAACAUACAUUGUUACUCCUACAAAAUAGGCCAUUGAGGUUUGUUUGUAACAUAUCAUUGCUAUUGAACUUUCUUACGUUUGUAUACUAAAACAGAUUUAUGUUUGUAAACUAACUAUUAAAACGAAGAAAGUAGAAGAAUGUAAAGGAUUUAUUUAUUAUUUA